AUGGACAGAACAAGUGGCAAAAUUGUUCAAAAUUUGGUUACUCGAUUUGAAAAUUUGUUUGAUGUAAAAAAUUAUUAUCUUGUCUUUUUAAAAAAUAUUUUAAAGUAUUUUGAACGAAAACAACACCAAUUAAAUGCAAAUUGGGAUAAUUUCCAUAAAGAGAUGGCCAAGUUUAAUCAACAAAAAAUCCAUGAAUGGGCAAAAAUAGAAGAUAUUCGGUUUGGUUUCCAAUGCGAUGAAUAUAAAGCAAAGGCUUCUGAUAAAAUAAAAGAGUUGGAACUAGAGGUCUAGUUAAAAUUUGAUCAAAAUUAUUUCAUUUAUUUGAAGCUAAUACAUGCAAAAAUUAAAUUAUUGGAAGGAGAAGUCAAUGCCUUUGGAAAAUCAUUUAAGGAGGAUAAUACAAAAAUUAAUGAUUAUAGUGAAAUUUUGGAUAAUACAGAGCAAGAGAAUUCCUACUCCCAAUUUGUUGAUCAGCCUGUGAAUUUAUUUAAUUCUCUUACACCCUUGGCAUUUAACGACAUGGAAAUUUCAUCUUUAAAUCAAAAAUUUGAAUUACCAUCUA